UUUAAAAUUUUCUUUUUGUUUUAUUUUCUUUUAAACAUUUUACUCUAUUUAUUCCGUACGUAAAAUAAAAGCCACUGUAUCUCUUUCACUGUGCCCACUCACACCACUAACACUUGUUUUCUCUCCACAAGCCGCCGCCGCCGCUUCACAAAAUGACAUCGUCGCCGUCCACCGAGGCCCUCAUCCUCCAGCUCCACGAAAUCUCGGCCGUCAAAUUCGGCAACUUCAAACUCAAAUCCGGCAUCUCCUCCCCCAUCUACAUAGACCUGCGCCUCAUCGUAUCAUACCCCUCCCUCCUCCUCCAAAUCUCCAAAACCCUAAUCUCCACCGUCCCUUCCUCCACGCGCUACGACCUCAUCUGCGGCGUCCCCUACACCGCCCUCCCCAUCGCCACCUGCAUCAGCACCUCCCAUGACAUCCCCAUGCUCAUGCGCCGCAAGGAGGUCAAGGACUACGGCACCGCCAAGGCCAUUGAAGGCGUCUACAAGCCCGACCAGGUCUGCCUUAUCAUCGAGGACUUGGUUACCAGCGGCGCGUCGGUUUUGGAGACCGCCGCGCCUCUACGCGCCGCCGGGUUGAAGGUCCAGGACGCCGUCGUUUUGAUCGACCGGGAACAAGGGGGGAGGGAGAAUUUGGAGGAGAAUGGGAUUCGAUUGCACUCGCUGUUUCGGUUGAGCGAGAUGGUUAGGGUUUUGAAGGAGAAGGGGAAGGUUGCGGAGGAGAUGGAGGGCGUUGUGUUGAAGUUUUUGGAGGAGAACCGGAAGGUGGUCGCGCCGGCGUUGCUGAAAAAUGUCGAAAAAGUUAAGAUUAGGGGUUUAGGGUUUGAGGAGAGAGUGAAGCUGGCGAAGAAUCCGACUGGGAAGAGGCUUUUUGAGGUGAUGGUGCAGAAGCAGAGCAAUUUGAGUUUGGCUGCUGAUGUUGGGACCGCCAAGGAGUUGCUUGAGAUUGCUGAGAAGGUUGGACCUGAAAUAUGUUUAUUGAAAACCCAUGUUGAUAUAUUGCCUGAUUUCACCCCAGAUUUUGGCUCUAAACUUCGCAAGAUUGCAGAGAAACAUAAUUUCUUAAUUUUUGAAGAUCGCAAGUUUGCAGACAUUGGUAAUACAGUAACAAUGCAGUAUGAAGGAGGUAUAUUCCAUAUAUUGGAGUGGGCUGACAUAGUAAAUGCUCACAUAAUCUCUGGUCCUGGGAUAGUCGAUGGACUGAAAUUGAAGGGUUUGCCACGUGGUAGGGGCCUGUUGCUGCUUGCUGAAAUGAGCUCAGCCGGUAACCUUGCCAAGGGAGACUACACAGCUGCUGCAGUGAAGAUCGCUGAAGAGCAUUCUGACUUUGUGAUUGGCUUCAUUUCAGUUAAUCCAGCAUCAUGGCCAGGGGCACCAGUAAAUCCAGCUUUCAUCCAGGCAACCCCUGGAGUGCAACUGGUGACUGGUGGUGAUGCUCUUGGCCAGCAAUAUAACACUCCAAAAUCUGUAAUCUACAAUAGAGGUAGUGACAUCAUAAUUGUGGGGCGUGGAAUUAUAAAGGCUGCAAACCCUGCCGAGGCAGCCCGUGAAUACCGUCUUCAAGGAUGGGAUGCAUAUCUGGCUAAAUGCAGCAGCAGCUAAGAUUUCUAUUAGGGUUUGCUCCCUUGUUUCACUUAUGUUUUACAUGAUUGCUAAUUAACGGAGUUAAUUAUGAUUCACAUGAAUGUGUGGUGUGGUGUUUGUGAAACCAGAGGACCUGAUUUUUCUGGUAUCAAUGUAUUUUUGGAAAUCUUUGAGUUUUACGGGGUGGGAGCUAUAAAAGUUUUCCUCUUGGCCACAA